AUGGAAGGAAUAAAUAAACCUUCAAAGAUACAGUUCUUCUUCCGUCCAUUCUCAACUCGCCCUGAGGUACAGGUGGUGAUUUUUGUGGCCUUCCUGGUGAUGUACGUGACCAGCGUCACUGGAAAUGCUACCAUCGCAGUCACUGUCCAGCUCAACCACGCCCUCCACACUCCCAUGUACUUUUUCUUGGCUAAUUUGGCAGUUCUGGAAAUCUUCUAUACAUCUGCUAUUGCGCCACUGGCUUUAGCCAACCUUCUGACGAUGGGCAAAACUUCCGUUUCCGUCACUGGAUGUGGCACCCAGAUGUUUUUCUUUGUCUUCUUGGGUGCUGCUGACUGUGUCCUGCUCGCAGUCAUGGCUUGUGAUCGGUUUAUAGCGAUCUGUUACCCUCUGAGAUACGCCCUCAUCACGAGCUGGCCCUUGUGUGCGGAGCUGGUGGCUGGCUCGCUGGUGCUGGGCUGCCUGCUGUCACUGCCGUUGACCGUUUUAAUCUUCCACCUCCCCUUCUGCAACAACAACGAGAUCUACCACUUCUACUGCGACCUGCCUGCAGUCAUGCGCCUGGCUUGUGCAGACACACACGUUCACGAGACUGCCCUGUACAUCAUCAGCUUCAUCGUCCUCAGUAUCCCCCUCUCACUUAUUUCCAUCUCUUAUACCUUCAUUGUGGCGGCCAUUGUACGGAUCCAGUCAGCUGAGGGACGCCAGCGAGCCUUCUCCACCUGCUCCUCUCACCUCAUGGUGGUCCUUCUACAAUACGGCUGCACCAGCUUUAUAUACUUGUCCCCGAGUUCCAGCUACUCUCCUGAGAUGGGCCGCAUGGUGUCCGUGGUCUACACUUUCAUCACCCCUAUUUUAAACCCGUUGAUCUAUAGUAUGAGGAACAAAGAACUGAAAGAUGCCCUGAGGAAGACUCUGAGAAAGUUCUAG